AUGUCAAAUUCUUCUCUUCAAAGUUUAAUGAAACAAAUCGAUUCAGUUGCUAAAGCAAAUGACGAAAUAAUUAAACAAAUUGAUAUAGCAAAGAAUUCUAAUAAUCGAUUAGAUAUUCUACAAUAUGUGAUUUCACAACAACAAGACUAUACAAAAUUAAUAUUAACUGUUCAAGAAGUCAAACGUCAAAAAUAUGUUAAACAAGUUAUUGAUCAAUGGCAUCAGCCAAUCGAAUUAAUUGCUAUACAAGAUAUAUUCAAUGAUAGAUUAAAUUAUAGGUGUAUACACUUCAAUGAUUUGGCUCAAUUAAAUAAGGCAAUGUUUAUUGUUGUUCAAAAAUAUAAAUUAUUUGGUGAUACAGAUGAAUCAAAACAAGAAGUUGAAAAAUUUUUAUUUAAUUUUCAAUCAAUACAUGAUAAUGGUUUGAAACAAAUACAAAAACAAUUAGAUGCACCCAAAAGUGAUUUAGAAGACUUGAAAAAGAAAAUCGACGAUAUUAACUAUCAAAUUGAAAAUAUGGCAAAUUCAACUCAAAAUAUAACAUUUCAAUUAAAACAAGUUUAA